AUGGCAGUAAUUUCAGGAGACGCAGAUUUAUUGGGAAAGCUAGCAGAAGACCCGGGUUUAAUCAACAUAAUUGAAAAGAAGGAUGAAAAUGGAGACACAGCUUUGCAUUUAGCGGUAAGGAUAGAUCGCGUGGAGCUUGUGAGAAUUUUGGUAAAAUUAGAUGUCAAUUUGUGUGAUUCUGUAAAUAAUGAAGGCGAAAGUCCACUAAAAGUGGCAGUAAGGUUGGGAUUCAAAGACGCCCUAGAGCAUUUAGUACCUUACACAUUAAACGCCCUGCACUAUAUUGUGGAGCUUAACCAAGUCAGGCUUGUUGAAUAUUUAAUUAGAAUGUCAAAAGAAAACAAGUUGGACUUGUCAAAACUUAAGAAUCAGCCUUACCAGCCUACCACAAAGCCCCAGCAUGUCCAGCGAAUUGGAGGAGGAGAGCAGCAUCCCACAAAUGCGUCUGGCUUUUGUAGGAGAGUGCAGCGGGGAAGAAAACCAAGGCUGAAGAAAAAAAAACCACAAAUUCGGCCAGGGGAUACGCCUUUGCAUAUUGCAGCAAGGAACAAAUAUGAGGAUAUGGUGUAUUUGUUGCUGAAAGUACGUGGGGUGAACAAUCUUGUCCGGAACAGUGAGCACAAAACACCAUUUGAAAUUGCAAGAGAAGUAACAGAGUACCAUGAAUCUUUCUGGACUAUAAGAAAGCUGGGCGAUUUUGCAGGGAGAUCCAAGCCAUUCAUGUACUGUGCACCACAGGUGAGCCAUAAAAAGUACAAGAAAGCGAGGUUAAUGGAAACAAAGCCUACGAAGAGAGACGCAAUGCAGAACUGGUUGUGGCAGCGCUUUUGGCGGCCAUGA